AUGGACAGAAGGCUAUGGGAGGCUGCUCAAAAAGGAGAUGUUCAUCACUUGCAAAGUUUGAUCAAAGAAGACCCCCUUCUGCUCAGGGCAGUUUCAUUAGCAGCAAAUGGAACUCCUCUGCAUAUUGCUUGUUUGAGUGGCCAUCCUGAGUUUGCCAAGGAGAUCAUUCACCUUAGGCCAGAAUUUGCUAGAGAAUUAAACCAGGACGGUUUCAGCCCUUUGCAUAUUGCCUCAGCAAAUGGGGAUAUAGAGAUUGUGAAGGAGCUCUUGAGCGUUGACUGUAAUCUAUGCCUUCUCAAGGGGAAGGACAGAAGAAUUCCUCUUCACUAUGCAGUAAUCCAAGGCAGAAAAAAUGUCAUGAGGGAGCUUCUUGAGGCUUCUCCAGACUCUGCAGAAGAAGUGACUGCUCGUGGCGAGACUUGUCUUCAUUUAUCUGUCAAGAAUCAUCAGUUUGAAGCAUUCAAAUUACUACUUGAGAACCUCAAGGAAUUUAACAAGUAUGAUCUUUUAAACAAGAAGGAUAUCCAAGGAAACACUGUUUUGCAUCUUGCUGUGUCAACUAAGCAAUACGAGGUUGUUGAUCUAUUGCUCGAUGAAAAUGCUGUUUCUAAGGGCACAACUGAGGUGAAUUCUUUGAACAAGAGAGGCCUUACCCCUUUAGAGGUACUAUUUAAGGAAUCUGGAGACAGAGACAUAGAGGAAAUUCUAAGAGCAUCUGGUGCUGUAUCUGUUGAAAACUUGCAAUCUUUGCAACAGGAAGCUUUGCCCCAAUCGUUGGUUGUUUCAGUUCAAGAUCCAUCAGAUGAACAAUCCAGCAGAGAGCAAAGAAGGGACCGACCCCGAUCUCAUUCUAAGAAACUUAAGGAUUUCUUCAAGUACAAUAAAACCAAAGAUCCUCCAGGGAAAGUAAGAGACACCCUUCUUGUGAUAGCUAUUCUAAUUGCAACAGCAACUUAUCAAGCAGUUUUUAAUCCGCCAGGAGGCGUUUGGCAGGACACUCACUGGCCUGAUGACAAUAACACCACCAGUAGUGACGGCAAAAUGUCCUCACAACGUAUCGCAGGACAGUCAGUGAUGGGAACCAACAAUCCAAUUUCCUACGGCUUGUUCUUGGUUUUCAACUCUAUUGGAUUUUUCUUGUCCCUCCACACGAUAAAUUUCCUAACAAUAGGAUUUCCUUUGCAAUUAGAACUGCAAGUCUCACUUGUUGCCUUGACAGUAACCUAUGACACUGUGAUGUCUGCCAUAACACCUAACCGGGGAAUUUCUCUCUUCUUUACUAUCUUUUCCAUAGUCUUUCCAGUUCUUUUGCCUCACAUUACAAUGUUGUUGAGAAACUAUUGCAAGAAACCUAAACUUUUUAUCAAGAUCUGUGAACCGUUCACAUAGUAGAACAUCUUCCUGUAAUUUAUCUCUCUUUUUUUUUUUUUUUGUUUGUUUGUUUUUUUUUCUUUUCCGGUUGGGGGUCAACCAGGAUGUAUUGAAAUUCUAAAGUGAAACCUUUCAAUGAGAUUAAUUUACAGUCUCUUUUA